GUGGCGUUUACUGCAGCGUUCUUCACCUUCAUUCGUAAAUACCAAAUUAGCCUCAGCGCGUGAGACUGAUAUCUGCUGCGGAGUGCUGUGAUUUGGUCUGACGGCGAGCUUUGCACUGUUGCACUUGUACCAUGGCAGCUGAGUGUACCAUCUCCACCUCCAUAAACAUUAAAGAGCCACGCUGGGAUCAGGGAACAUUUGUGGGUCGAGCAAAGCAUUUCUUCACUGUCACAGACCCGAGAAACAUCCUCCUGUCCAAUGAACAAUUAGAAAAAGCGUGUCAGAUUAUUCUGGAUUACAAAAAAGGGGUGGUAACACCAGGUCUCACAGAAGACGAGCUAUGGAGGGCGAAGUAUGUUUUUGACUCAGCAUUCCAUCCAGACACAGGCGAGAAAAUGCUCCUGAUUGGUCGCAUGUCUGCUCAGGUCCCCAUGAACAUGACCAUCACUGGAUGCAUGAUGACGUUCUACAGAACGACUCCAGCAGUUCUGUUUUGGCAGUGGAUCAAUCAGUCUUUUAAUGCAAUAGUCAACUACACCAACAGGAGCGGAGAUGCCCCCAUCACAGUAAACCAGCUUGGCACAGCAUAUGUAUCAGCCACUACAGGAGCCGUGGCUACUGCGUUAGGACUAAAUGCAUUAGCAAAGCAUGUGUAUCCACUCAUAGGACGCUUUGUUCCUUUCGCUGCUGUAGCUGCUGCUAACUGUAUUAAUAUUCCACUCAUGAGACAACGGGAACUCAAACACGGCAUUCCAGUAACAGAUGAGAACGACAAUCGGUUAGGAGAAUCUUCAAAGGCAGCUCAACAGGCCAUCACACAAGUGGUGGUUUCCAGAAUCCUCAUGGCCUCUCCGGGAAUGGCAAUCCCUCCGUUUUUAAUGAACUCUUUGGAAAAGAAGGCCUUCCUCAAGAGGUUUCCGUGGAUGAGUGCACCCAUUCAAGUUGGCUUGGUUGGGUUCUGCCUUGUGUUUGCAACCCCAUUGUGCUGUGCGUUAUUCCCACAAAAGAGUUCUAUGGCAGUGAGCCGUUUGGAACCAGAGCUGCAGGAGAAGAUUCGAGCCAGUCAUCCUGGAGUAGAGACGGUCUACUUCAACAAAGGACUGUAAAGACAAACGUUGGUGAAUCUGCUCUCUACUGUAAUGGUCUCAUGUUCAUCUAAAUCAUCUCUUUGUGUGCCAAAGUUCACCCGUUCCUCUCCAGGACAUCCCAACUCAUUUGUCAUUUUGUAAGAUGUUUUUUAAUUGUUUUUAAGCUUGUCGUUGCUGAUCUUUGCCGAUCUUUUUGUCUGACAUGUAUGACGGUGCAUACAUGUAGCAUUGUGUUUUUUUUAUUUUUAUAUUUGAAAUAAUUUUGUUUGCUGCCAGAUUAUUCCAUGUGCCAUUCAAUGUCAUUUUCAGUAAGGAUCAAAGAUGGCUGGUGUUGACCUUGUUUUUCUUUUCCGUUAGUCUGUGUUGCAUUGUUAUUGUCAGUAUUUUGUCUUUAUCUCUUCAUGAGGGUUGCAGUUUAUACGUUACUGCCCAAUUUCAUUUCAGUUUCAAGCAAAAUCAAGGGACCUCUUAAUGACAAUAGUGCAAUCCGUUGAAAACGUUGCCAAAUACAAACCUCUGCUGCACAUUUCCUUAGUUAU